AGGACCUUACUCUGCACAUACCCAACCUGCAAAACCCUCACGCGCUUCACCCGCAAAUGCGACCUCCGCAAACACAUCAAACGCCAUUCCAUCGCAUUUCACUGUCGCCACAAACACUGUCCGCGCGCAGCGAAGGAGCAAGGCUUUUCAUCGAAAAAAGAUCGUGAACGACAUGAGGCUCGCCAUGAUCCUCGGAUUGGGUGUGAGUGGGAGGGAUGUGCGAGGUUGUUUAGUCGGAGGGAUAAUAUGAGGGAUCAUGUGAGGAGGGUGCAU